UCUCUCUCUGUCUCUCUGCUCUGUCACUCUUUCACUGCUCGUCGUCGCUCGGAUUCGAGAGAGAGAGCAGAGAGCGAGGGAGGGGGUGACUCUAGCCGAAAGGGCCGAUAACCCACCAUUUCUCUCGACUCCGUAGCGAGAGUUUGAGGUGGAGAGAGAAAGAGAGGGAGAGGGAGGAGGGGCGAUGGAGAAGGCAUUGACGAAAGUGAGCAGCUUGAAGCUGGGGAACUCUUGGAUUUCGAAGAGGGCCAAGGCGGAGAUCUCCAACAUCACCGAAGACAUCACCUAUGUCUCCAAUGCUGUUGAAGAGAAGGCAAAAUGGAUUUUCAACAAGCUGAAAGGAAAGCCACAGAGAACCUUGCCAGAGCUUCUUCGAGAGUACAACUUACCGCCAGGGCUUUUCCCCCAGAACAUAACUUGUUAUGAAUUUGAUGAAUCAAAGGCCAAGCUGAUUGUCUACUUGCCUUCUGCUUGUGAGGUUACCUUCAAGGACUCUUCUGCAAUUAGAUAUGCGAAUCGUGUGAAAGCAAUCCUGAUGAGAGGGAAGCUCACUGGUAUAGAGGGGAUGAAGACUAAAGUCCUGGUGUGGGUUAAGGUGACGAGUGUGACAGUCGAGGGCUACAAGUCCGACAAAGUAUGGUUCAUGGCUGGCGUGAAGAAGUCGAGGGCAAAGGAUGCCUACGAAAUGCCCCGUGACGCUGUCAGAGUGGAAGAAUUUUGAUCUACUAAAGGGGAGUAGCAUCUCCUAAUAUUUCUAGACAGUUAAGCAUAGGUAUCUAUAUAUCUGCAUUGUUCCAAGACCAAAUUUGCAGCCUCCGCCAUUUGAUUUUGUUUAUAGUUAUUAGUUGCCGCAUCUGGGAAUGGAUUUUUCUCAAUUUAUUGCUUUGUGCAAUUUAUGACUGAUGAGUCUAAGCAAUCUGAUCAGCCCUUUGUAGUAA